CUAGGAUACACAAAAAAGGAAUAUUGUGUAGCAUUUAUAUACUGCAGAUUUAUUGGGGUUCAAUUGUUCUGUUUUUGUAAUAGCUCGAUUGAUUGGAGUGGCACUUCAAGUGACACAUAAAAUUAAAUCAGUGGAAAACACAUUUCAUUAUAACUGAAGAUAUAUGUAAACGUAUAGAAAAUAUAAUUUAUAAUAUAUACUUUGUGCACAUCUAACUCUUCUAUUUACAUUAAAUCCCCCUCCAGUUUGUUUUGUACGCAUAGUCAUUCCAAUAUCCACAUUCAGGGCUUAUAACAGACAAUGAGAUGUUCACUAUUGUUUCUUAUUCAAUGUCUCACUUUCUCCCUCGUGCAUCUGUAGAUCUGCAUUGAUCUGCGUUGUCCUACCUCCCUCCAUCCUGUUCAGGGGUUAUGGCUCCUGGUAGUUUAAUCCCAUCACGGGGGAUUGGUGACAUCAGGGCCAAUCCUGUGCUGACCAGCGAGGAUCAGCCUGGAUGAAGAGCAGUGGGACAGAGGGGAUCAGUCAGAGCGAAGAAGAUACCAGAGACGAGGAAGGAAUACAGUCGAUGCGCUCCUAGGAGCCAACACUUUUUUCUGAUUGUUGGGGACCCCGCCAUUCAACCGGUGAGAAACUGUCUUUGCUGAAUUUAUCCUUAUGCUGUUGUUAGGCUGUUUUGGCACCAUUAAAACUUAAUGACGUAGAAACAAAAACCGACUUUUGAGUGUUUGCUUCUUUCCUUUUACAGCAAGGAUGGCUCGGGAUAUGUCAGAUAAAGAAAUCCUGAAAAUGGAGUUGGAGCAGUUAAAGAAGGAAGUUAGCACACCUAGGACACCUGUGAGUAAACUGCUUUUCUUGCUUUCAGUUUUGAACAAUAUUAUUUUGACAUGAUGUGGAAAAACACUUAAAAAUAAAGUUGUAGGAUGAACUUUGCUUAUUUGUUUGUCCUCUCUCUGUCCGACUUUAGGUGGGUGCAAACUGCGCAGAAACCAUUGCUUUUGUGGAGGGACUGCUGCCAAAUGAUCCCCUGAUCAAGGGCGUCCCAGAUGACAAGAACCCUUACAAGGGAGACAAGGGCGGCUGCAUAAUAACAUAGCAGAUAGACAUCCAGGGAAAAGUCAGGCUGUUUUUUAUGGGAGACGGUUACACUGCUGUAAUGUUUCUGUAGAAGUGUUGUGGAGAAAAUGUGCAGGAGUAGUAAAGAACAAGAGCCGUAAAGGUGUGAGAGACCCUUUUCCACCACUGGAUUACUGUAUGU